UAUGUAUCCAGAUACCUGAUACCGGACACCAGAAGAUGUAUAUCCGCCGAACUGUGCACUCGAAUUUGAUUGGAUUAGAAAUUCCUCCCGCUGAAGGCAGAGAAAAUUAGAACGAAUUUCAUUGUGUUCAUUUGCAUAACUUGGAAAGAAAGAUGGCUAUGUCUUUGACAACACCAAGGUCUGCCCUGAGGACAAUCAAUGAUGACCAAAGUUCUAUCAGAGCCAUGAAGUCGACACAAGCAAGAAAACCUGGAACAGCGACACCUAAAAAUAACUUGUUCAAGAAACCUGGCAUUCCUUUACAGACCCUUAGUACAAAAAACCAGCUGCACAUUCACACUGACCCUGAACCCAAACAGAAGACAAGGACCAAGGAAAAGGUGAUCACUAAAGCUCCAGAACCCUUGCCUGAAAAAGAAUAUCUCAAAAUAUUUGAUCCAGCAGAGGACUUGAAGCCAAAAACAGACAAAGCUUUGAUUGGUGUAGUAGAGAGAAUUCGUAACUGGCGACCACCAUGUUUAUUUGGUGUUGGUAGACCUGACAGUGAUAUAGACGACAGUGAUGAUGAGGACAGAGAUUCAAAGCCAGGGAUGGAUAAUAUUGCAGAUCUCUUACCUCCACCUGAAGAUCCAUUUGGUGAUGAUGAGUUGGCUAACCUGUCGGAAGUCCAUAUCCCAACAAUAGACAUUGAAGAUCUCCCCAUCCCUUAUCUGGAUGAUUCAAUUGACAUUGAGCCAAACAUGGGCACCCUGGAGAUCUGGGAAACAUCUACUCCUGCAUCAUUGUCACCUAGAUCUGUGAAAGAUGUGUCAUCCCCAGAGGAGCAUUCUCACAUAAAUGACAACAGUGUGUUAUAAGUGUGUGGAGUACAUUGGAAAUACAAACUGUGUGUACUAAUUGGCAGCUUAAUUGACUUGGGGCAUUGACAUUGGAGCAGUUAUAGCAUAUGUGUUGUAUAAAUGUAACAUUGUAAAAGUUUUUUAAGUGUGUAUGAGAGGUGAUUGAAGAUUUGUUGCCUAUGCUUAGUGCUUGUGGCUCAGGGUUGUAUAUAUUGUAAAUAUGAUCAUUUGUAAAUAUUACACAAUAUAGCAUUUAUGAAUCAUUUAAGGGAAAGGGACCAUUUGAAAGCUAAUUUGAUAUUAGAUAUUUGACAUUGCUUGGUAUGGGCACUGCAUCAUGUCAUAGUAAAUAAGUGACAUGUUUAAAUAAGUUGCGGUAUAUGAUUUUAUGUAUUUGAGAAAAGCAAAUUUGUUGCAUCUAUUAUUUAAAACGUUCAGUACUUUUAUUUCUGACUAGAUACUUGCAGUAACUUCUUAGUUUUAAAUUUUUAUGUUAUAAGAAAUAAGUUUUAUCUAGAUAACACUGAAACUCUUUAAAAACACACACCAACAUAACUCUGAACAACUCCAGUUUGGAGCAUAAUACAUUCAAGGCUUAUUAAAAGCUUUUAGAAUCUAAGCCACCAGUACUUGUGCUUACUUUGAAUUUUAUGUUUUUAAUAGGCUGGUUUGUUAUCAGUUUGUGAGAAUAAGGCUUAAAAAAUCUGGAAUUUUAGACCAUCUGCAAGAACAACCUAUUCAAAUGUAGAUGUUUAUAGAAAGUGUAUACCAAAUUAACCAUUUCAAAAGAAGUACAAUUUUAAAUGGUGUUUUAAGAUUGCCUAUGUAUGCCUGGAGAUGGAAAAAUGCUGACAUUUCAUAAGUCUGUAUCUGUACCAGCUGGACAGUAGUUAAGAGAAAAGAAUUUCUUCAGUAUUAACCUUAUAUUAUUGAUUAUAGUGGGUCAGAUAUCACAUUCAACAUAGAUUGAAAACUAAAUUUUCUAACUAAAUCAUCCAUGUCAUUUUCACACAUAAAUGAAUGAAUGAAUGAUUUUAAAAUUAAACAUAAAAUUGUAUGAAUUUAUUUUGUUUUCAAAUAUUUUCUCAAAAUAUACCUACGAAUUUCUGGCAGAACCUCAAAAGUGUGUUUAUAAAGUGUUUCAGUGAAUGUCUGUUAGAUUACAGUAUUAUGGUACGGGGGAUGGUAGAGGUUACUUGUAGUUUGCUUAUAUAUUCUAAAUGUACUUGAUUAGCUGGACUAGUUCAGCAGGAUCUGACAAAACAUGUCUACAUGUAUUUAUUUAAAUAGGUGAUACUUCACAGCAAAACAUAUUUUUAUGCCCCCCGAAGGGAGGCAUAUUAGUUUUCAAAUGUCCGACCGUUAGUUCGUUCGUCACAACGUUAACCUUUUGCAUGAAGGCACUUUACUCGCGAACCACUGCACCUAGGCCCUUCAAACUUCACAUGCUUAUAGUACUUAUUGAGUACACCACCCCUACUGACUUUGGGUCACCAGGUCAAAGGUCAAGGUCACAGGGGCCAACGUUAACUUUUUGCCUGAAGACACUUUACUUGCAAACCACUGCACCCAGGACCUUCAAGCUUCACAUUCUGAUAGUACUUAUUGAGUAAACCAACCCUACUGACUUUGGGGUCACGAGGUCAAAGGUCAAGGUCACAGGGGCCAACGUUAACUUUUUGCAUGAAGGCACUUUACUUGCGAACCACUUCACCCAGGACCUUCAAACUUCAUAUGCUGAUAGUACUUAUUGAGUACACCAACCCUACUGACUUUGCCCACCAGGUCAAAGGUCAAGGUCACAGGGGCCAGCUUUAACUUUUUGCAUGAAGGCACUUUACAUGCGAACCACUUCACCCAGGACCUUCAAACUUCACAUGCUGAUAGUACUUAUUGAGUACACCACCCCUACUGACUUUGGGGUCACCAGGUCAAAGGUCAAGGUGCUGCGGGGGCAUUUGUCACCAUUAGUGACAGCUCUUGUUUUAACUUGCAUCAAGAAGAAUUAUUUUUCAUUUUUAUUCUGUAUGAGAUUGAUUACAAUACUGAAAGAAUGAAAUUGGUCAAGAUUAGCUAUAUUUAGAAUACUGGCUUCAGUUGGUAUACAGGUCAGGCUGAAUGCUGGCUUCAGUUGGUAUACAGGUCGGGCUGAAUGCUGGCUUCAUUUGGUAAACAGGUCGUGCUGAAUGCUGGUUUCAGUUGGUAUACAGGUCGGGCUGAAUGCUGGCUUCAGUUGGUAUACAGGUCGGGCUGAAUGCUUGCUUCAGUUGGUAUACAGGUCGGGUCGAAUGCUGGCUUCAGUAGCUAUACAGGUCAGACCGAAUGCUGGUUUGUUGGUAUACAGGUCGGGCUGAAUGCUGGCUUCAGUUGGUAUACAGGUCAGGCUGAAUGCUGGCUUCAGUUGGUAUACAGGUCGGGCUGAAUGCUGGCUUCAUUUGGUAUACAGGUCGGGCUGAAUGCUGGCUUCAGUUGGUAUACAGGUCGGGCUGAAUGCUGGCUUCAGUUGGUAUACAGGUCGGGUCGAUUGCUGGCUUCAGUUGGUAUACAGGUCAGGCCGAAUGCUGGCUUGUUGGUAUACAGGUCGGGCAAAAUGCUGGCUUCAGUUAGUAUACAGGUCGGGCCAAAUGCUGGCUUCAGUUAGUAUACAGGUCGGGCUGAAUGCUGGCUUCAGUUGGUUUAUAUGUCGGGCUGAAUGCUGGCUUCAGUUGGUAUACAGGUCGGGUCGAAUGCUGGCUUCAGUUGGUAUACAGAUCAGGCCGAAUGCUAGCUUCAGUUGGUAUACAGGUCGGGCUGAAAAUAAAAUAUUGUUCUUUUCCCCUGUUGUGACUGAUUUGAAAAUAAACUACCAGUCUGAAAUAUUUUGAUGAGCAGGUUCGAAUAAUUUUAAGACGAAAAUAAGGACUACCAAUUCUAGGUGUGUGACUCACUUGGGUGUUUGUCAUUGUUGUCCAAAAGUGGUAAAGCAUUUCUUGAAGUGCUGGUAAAUUGGAUACGGCCAUGUUUAUUUGAAAUACUUUUUUCAUCUGGUUUGUUUGCAUAGUUGUUAACCAUUUGUUGAAAUAGGCAGGAAAAAUAAUAUGCAGUUUUUAGCCCAGAGAUCUGUUGGCAACAUCCUGUGUGCUGAAAUAUGCUGACUGGAAGUUGUUCUGCACGUUUGAUAAACUGAAAGUAAUGAUGUAAUAGCAUUUAUCCAAGUAACACAGAUGAAAGCUCAACUUUACAUACAGAAACGAAAAUCAUUUUAUGAAUUGAUAUCAACCCAUGAUUAAAUUUUUUAAAACUGUACAUGACUACCUUAAAUAAGAUAAAAUAUGAUAUUAAAAAGUUUGACAUGUUAAGGUAGUUAGAAUGUCGGGAUCGAAAUUUUUUCUACAAUAUAGAAUUUGAUUAAACCCUAAUUUUCCAAAACUUCAGAAUUUACUUUGAAAAUUCAGUAAAUAAAAAAGAUUGGGCCGUGUGCUUGAUUUUUUCUAACACUGAUUUUGUCUCCAAAUAAUAUUUCUUCUUCAGUCGUAUUUUAUCUUAACUGAACCAAGGCUUUAGAUUGAGGUAUUAGUGUAGGUGGAUGGUCUGGCAUCGGUUGUCAACAUUUUUUUGUAAACAUCUCCUCUGAAACUACUUAUCAAUUAAACCAAACCUGGUUUGUAGCAUCCUGGCAAGGUCCCUGCUGAAGUUUGUUCAAAUGGGGGAACUUGUGUCACAAGUUAAAAAUAGAAUAACCAUUGUAAGAAUUCUCAUGAACCAUGAGAUGGAUCUUCAUCAAACUUGGUCUGUAGCAUCAUUAUAAGGUCUUCUGAAAUGUGUCAAAAUGGGGCUUUUGGUCCUUUAUAGGAUCACUAGAGCUAGAAGAAAAUAGAAUACCUUUAAUAACUUCUGAUGGGUCUUCAUCAAACUUGGUCUAUAGCAUCAUUGUAAGGUCUUCUCCAAGAUUUAUUCAUAUCUUUAAAAAUAUAUCACUUGACCACUGUUGUUCCAAAGAACUUGGAUGUCGUUACUUUAAAGAAAGGUCUAGAUCAUUUCAUUGUAUAUAAUCCAUAAGUCAUUAAACCCAUUUAUAUAAUGAUUAGUACUAGUGAUGUUCUGUGUUGUAUUUUUAAUUCUGUUUUAAAUAUAUUUUAAACAUUUGCAUGAAAAAUAAAAGUGUUGAAAUAUU